AUGCCUCAGGUAAUGGAAGGGAGGGUUCUUUAGAAGUGGUUCAACUUUAGUCACUUGUCUCGCCAUAAUCUUACAAUUGACCAUCUUUCAGCACAAGCAACUUCUGAAGCAAAAACAACAAGGUUGCUGGACAGUUAAUUACCAUUAUCCAUAACAAUGUAUCUCAAAUGUUCACACAUUGUUUUCCUUAGUCUGUAGCUUAAAACGGACAGAACUCAGGCUAGUUGCAAUUACACUGUGGAUGAUAUACGCUACCGGUCAAGAGUUUUAGAUCACCUACUCAUUCAAGGGUUUUUCUUUAUUUUUACUAUUUUCUACAUUGUAAAAAAAAAACUAUGAAAUAACACGUAUGGAGUCAUGUAGUAACCAAAAAAGUGUUAAACAAAUCAAAAUAUAUUUUCUAUUUGAGAUUCUUCAAAUAACCACCCUUUGCCUUGAUGACAGCUUUGCACACUCUUGGCAUUCUCUCAACCAUCUUCACCUGGAAUGCUUUUCCAACAGUCUUGAAGGAGUGCCCACAUAUGCAGAGCACUUGUUGGCUGCUUUUCCUUCUCUGUGCGGUCCGAUGGUUGAGGUCGGGGGAUUGUGGAGGCCAGGUCAUCUGAUGCAGCACUCCAUCACUCUCCUUCUUGGUAAAAUAGCCCUUACACAGCCUGGAGGUGUGUUUGGUCAUUGUCCUGUUGAAAAGCAAAUGAUAGUCCCACUAAGCCCAAACCAGAUGGGAUGGAGUAUCGCUGCAGAAUGCUGUGGUAGCCAUGCUGGUUAAGUGUGCCUUGAAUUCUAAAUAAAUCACAGACAGUGUCACCAGCAAAGCACCCCCACACCAUAACACCACCUCCUCCAUGCUUUACGUGGGAAAUACACAUGCAGAGAUCAUCCGUUCACCCACACCGCGUCUCCCAAAGACAUGGCGGUUGGAACCAAAAAUCUCAAAUUUGGACUCCAGACCAAAGGACACAUUUCCAAUGGUCCAUUGCUUGUGUUUCUUGGCCCAAGCAGGUCUCUUCUUAUUAUUGGUGUCCUUUAAUAGUGGUUUCUUUGCAGCAAUUUGACCAUGAAGGCCUGAUUCACACAGUCUCCUCUGAACAGUUGAUGUUGAGAUGUGUCUGGGACUUGAACUUUGUGAAGCAUUUAUUUGGGCUGUAAUUUCUGAGGCUGGUAACUCUAAUGAACUUAUCCUCUGCAACAGAGGUAACUCUAGGUCUUCCGUUCCUGUGGCGGUCCUCAUGAGAGCCAGUUUCAUCAUAGCGCUUGAUGGUUUUUGCGACUGCACUUGAAGAAACGUUCAAAGUUCUUGAAAUGUUCCGUAUUGACUGACCUUCAUGUCUUAAAGUAAUGAUGGACUGUCGUUUCUCUUUGCUUAUUUGAGCUGUUCUUGCCAUAAUAUGGACUUGGUAUUUUACCAAAUAGGGCUAUCUUCUGUAUACCCCCCUACAUUUUACAUUUACAUUUUAGUCAUUUAGCAGAUGCUCUUAUCCAGAGCGACUUAGUUAGUGAGUGCAUACAUUUUUCAUACUGGCCCCCCGUGGGAAUCGAACCCACAACCUUGUCACAACACAACUGAUUGGCUCAAAUGCAUAAAUUAACAUUUAAGAAGGCACACCUGUUAAUUGAAAUGCAUUCCAGGUGACUACCUCAUGAAGCUGGUUGAGAGAAUGCCAAGCGUGUGCAAAGCUGUCAUCAAGGCAAAGGGUGGCUAUUUGAAGAAUCUCAAGUAUCAACAUAUAUUUUGAUUUGUUUAACACUUUUUUUGGUUACUACAUGAUUCCAUAUGUGUUAUUUCAUAGUUCUGAUGUCUAUUAUUCUACAACCCUUGAAUGAGUAGGUGUUCUAAAACUUUUGACCGGUAGUGUAGCUGUCAGUGGACUGACAGCCUACGGCGAGUUCCCACGUUGGUCAUGGGAACGUCCAUGGGAACAUUCCCACAUUCAUCAUGGCUCACACAACACCACAAAUGUUGUAUGUUCAUAGUUACUGUUCAUGCUUAACUAAAUGUUUAAAGGGGCAAUAUAAAUUAUAUAUACCCACUGAUUAUUGAAGAAUAUAAAUUAUAAAUGCUGACUGUCAUACCCCAUCAGUACCUAAAAUAUAAGCUUGUGUUACUCCAUUGUUUGUAAAGCCUAAAAUCAGAUUGCCUCUUUAAACCACACCUAAUAAUCUCUGUUCACUCUGAAAUGGAAUUGCAACAGGUUGAGACAGUUUCAGUAGUUUGGAAUGUUUAUUUCUCCUUAGCCCAGCAUCAGUGGAAUGGAUCUUCCCUUUGGGGAUUUCUUUCAAAAUUAUACUUUUGCUGACCAGGCACUAACCAGCACGGACCUGUUGGCGAGUAACACAGACCCAGACUUCAUGUACGAACUGGUAAGUGUUCUCCAUGCAAAGCGGUCUCCAGGCAGGAUCACAGUUUACAGAGCUCACAGAGAAUCAGGAUAGACAGGUGGCCUAGCAGAGAACACAUCCCGCUAUGGCAAUACAAUUAUAAAGUAUUUAUUUACACACAAAAUAUUGUUGAGUGAAGAUGGUUGCAUACUUAGCCUUAAACAAAUCUAUCAAAGGAUAGGGCAAUAAUAUAAAUGGAAUGUACUUUUUAAAUCUCUACACUCCCCUUUCCUCCCCAGGACAGAGAUAUGACUAAUCGCCAAAGCCCUAAAGGUGAUCACUUCACAGUGGGGGACUGCAAGGAGAUGAUGGAGUGUGGCGAGUACCUCUUGGAGCUGGUGGACAGUGACCCGGACUACAGCUCUAACUUUGAGCAGUGGGAUACGUACUGGGAGGACCUGACCAAGUACACCCGCUUUACCAGCUGUGACAUCUGGGGCACCAAGGAGGUAGGUCUGGAUGACUUCUCUAGCCCCUACCAGGAUGAGGAGGUGAUUGGCCGGACCCCCACCCUGGCCCAGCUUAACAGCGAGGACUCGCAACCACCUGCGAGUGACACGCUUUACCACCCUGAUCUGCUGAUGGGUGGCCAGAAGCAGCACACCUCCCUCCCCCCACUCUCCCUGGGCAAGAAGACGGCAGCCUGCCCAGGCCCCUCGUUCUCCGCCUCCUGCUCCAACCUGGUCAGGGACCCCCUGGGCGACUUUGCAGAGGGUUCCCAGAGCGCCACUUGGCCUGUCCCCUCCAGCACAGAGACUAUGUCCAAGGCCCAGGGGCCCAGCAAGAUGGCUGCUCUGGGCCACCACUGCAACGACUACGUGCGCAAGGCCAAGGUUCGCGUCAGCAUGCCUCGCCGGCCCCUAGUUGACAUGCCCAUGGCCACCCAUCAGAUUGAGGCUGAAGACAACUCCCUGUACCGCAGCAAGCCCCCUGAUGUGGCCACCACGUCUGGUUGUGCUGCCCCUGUGGCUGCUCCUGCUACUGCAGCCUCUGCCUCUGCCAGCACCCUGGCCUAUGAGAAGAGAGUAGAGCUGCCUCGCCGGGAGAUGCCCCCUGCCUCAGUGGGCACGUCUGGAGCUGUGCCCCCCAUCCUCCACUACCCUGUGGCUGGGGCCAAGGCCAGCGAGACCCUGCUGACUGCCAGUGGGAGUGCCCUGGGACCUGACCCAGUCUCUGACAAGAAGAAGGAAGAGGAGCACAACUACUCCCUGUUCCUAACCCGAGCCAGGCUGGCUGGGAAAACCCUCACUGAGAUGGAGGAAGAGGAGGAGGAGGAAGAGGAGGAAGAGGAGGAAGAAGAAGAGGAGGUGGGAGAGAUGGAGGAUGAAGAAGAUGCUGAGGGGGUGGAGCUGGAUGAAGAUCAUGAUGAGGGUUUCGGCAGCGAGCAUGAGUUCUCUGAGAACGAUGAUGAUGAUGAUGAGGAGGAUGAUGAUUAUGAGGGGGAUAAAGAUGACGACAUGAGUGACACCUUCUCCGAGCCAGGGAGCCAUAUAUCAGGUAGUCAUUUAUCUUUUUUGACACCCACAUUGGCCCCAAGGCCAAAGUCCAUGCACCUUGAAUUAUAGUAACCAUUUCGUUUUUCAUGUGAAGUUAAGUAAGUCGCUGAAGGUGCCCACUUCAGACCAGCGGGGAUAUUACUAAUGUCAGCUCCCUGUAUAGAAAACCUCACCUAGAUUUCUAAAUGGGAAUCUCUAUGUAGCUGAAGGCCACUGAAAAUGAAAUUUAAAAUAAAAUGUGUGAUUGGUUCACUUGUUCCCUGUUGGGAGGCCCUGGUCUGGCCCAUUGUGUUAUAGUGAGUCAAAGUAUUCUGUAUUGUAAAGCAGGGGAUUUCAACCUUUUCUUGGCCAGGGACCCCCCUCCCAGGCAAACUGGUGACCCAGGGACCCCCAUCAUAUGUUGGCAAACGUUUUUUUUUCUUCACGUCUUGUCUUAUCAGGUGAAUGAUAAUGGCAAGGAGAAGUAAUCAACAUUUUUAAAUGAAUAGAUUUGGUAGAUAGUUCUUCAUUAUUUUCACCUCCCCACAUUAUAAUUGGAAGAAGAAGUGUAAACUCUAACAUUUUCGGUAUGAGCUGCUAUUUAGCGGGUUAAACAAAGGUUAGCCAUGUGUUGGCAAAAAUGUCCAAGUCAAGAAAGCUUACCAGCAGUCUCUUCGCGGGUGCUUUUUCAAAGCCUGUCAGAUACUCCAGUGACAGUAAUUGGCUCCAAUAAGUGUCAUUUGCUCAAUAUUAGGAUUUGAGAAAUAAAGUUGACAUCAUUAGAAAAAAUAUAAUAUCCUUUUUUCUACUGUAGAUAUGUUUUUAUUUAAAAAAUAUAUAUAUUCUGUUGCUAGCAAUAUUCUUAAAACAUAUUUUCGGAAACCCCAGCAGUACCUCAGACCCCUGGUUGAAUACCCCUGUUGUAAAGGGAUCUGGAGAAUGGGGUCAUGUUUGUGCUUUGGGUGUCUAUUUGACCCUUGCCAUUCUCUAUGGGCCUGAUUCAGACUUAGGAAAUGUUUGCCUUUCCUACCCACGCCCUUCCUACGCACUUCUCAGUAGUUGGUAUUCAGAUUGACCUUGUGCAGGUGCGUAACGGGCUUUGCAGGCAUGGUUCCCUUGCGAUUGCUGAAUACAUUUGAAUUAAACCACUGAAAACCCUCCCACUUGCUGGCAAACAGGUUUUCUCGUUGAUUUAUCUAAAGCAUUCCCUUUAAAUUUGGUAUAACUUUUUAAUUAGAAUUUUCUCAACAGACAUGGAGAGAACGGUUCAGAAUAUUAGGGAUCAAUGAAAGAAAGCCACGUAGGCUUAAAUACACGCAUAUUCGUCUCUCCUUUUCAGCACCAAUUGGUACAUUUAAUAGUACUCUGAUCUUUCAUAUUAUUUAGGGUUAGGAAUGUAUUGAUGAAUAAUACAAAAACAGGUUUGGAGAACCUUUACACACAAAAUAUAUUGGUGAAUCAAAAGUAGUCGUUUGAUUCAUCCUGAAAGUUGCCAUAUUCAAUUGUUCAAUCCGUGAAAUAUUUUAAGGUGAGUAAAGUUUACUAUAGGGGUUGAACAGUAGUCUAUAAAUCUACCCUAAUAAUCCUCACUAAUCAUGGAACUGUGAUGACAACGGUCCAGUCGUUGUGAACCGUGCGCCAGGCUCCAGGUUUAAACUACUGUGUGGUCUGCGUUCCAUAAUGAUUAAAAUAGGCUACAUGUCCCAAAUUAUUGCACAACUUGUAAUACGUUAGCCUAAUAUGAUCCGCUAUUGCUAGCAAUCCUCAGCAACAAUCACAUGAACGUGACAGAGGAAAGAAAGGUCAACUAUUUAAUGGAAUGAUGCAAAAUGUAAGGAAACGAACACUAAAGUGACAGUUAUAAAUGUAUGUGUUUGUAACUGACGGUGGCUACCGAUAGUGGCUGAUAUUUAACACCAUACGAAUUAUAUAUAGGGAAUUCUGGGUAUAUAAUAAAACAUUAUAGAAAUCAUAUCAACUCGAUAGGUGUGGCGCUAUACUGUCAUUUACGCAUGGCUUCAGAAGCCUAUAUCUUGGGUCUCCAAAUUUCAUCCCUGCAAAUUAUAAAGCAAGCAUUUCAUAAACUUCCCAGUGGAAAAGGUAAUAUGUUGAUAUGCUUCAGUUUGCUGCCAUUAGUGCCAUAUGAACAUUUAUCUUGAGUGAUCAUAAGGUAAUAUAGAUCUAAAAACAGUUGUCAUUUACUGUAUAUUUAUAAUCCCUUUAUCCAAACGGCUUACUCAUUUACCUAGCUCUUACCAAAAGUGCUUAUAAAUUUGUAAAUUACAGUGAAUGGAGAAUGGAGGUAUUUCUAUCGGGAAAAUAUGUUGUUCCACUUGGAACCGACAAGUUCAUAAUUUCAUCACACGUAAAGGUGGUGGAAUUAUGUGUUAAUUAAGUCAAGGUCCGAAUACAUUUACAUUUUACAUUUUAGUCAUUUAGCAGACGCUCUUAUCCAGAGCGACUUACAGUUAGUGAAUACAUAUUUGUUUUUAUACUGCCCCCCCGUGGGAAUCGAACCCACAACCCUGGCGUUGCAAACGCCAUGCUCUAUCAACUGAGCUACAUCCCUGCCGGCCAUUCCCUCCCCUACCCUGGACAACGCUGGGCCAAUUGUGCGCCGCCCAUGAGUCUCCCGGUCGCGGCCGGCUGCGACAGAGCCUGGAUUCGAACCAGGAUCUCUAGUGGCACAGUUAGCACUGCGAUGCAGAGCCUUAGACCACUGCGCCACAUUUGCAGAGGUGUGUCUACAAAUACUGCAUAUUUGUAGACACACCUCUGCCACACCUUAAUUUCUUUGAUCUCCACACCAAAACGAAUAGCGGGUGAAUAUCAUGUUAUUUUCCUGCUUAAGUUCAGGGUCAGAAUACGCGUAGAAAGAAAAGUGCCUAAAAAGGGAAUUACUUUCCAUUUACGCUUAACUCAGGUCGGAAUUCCCCCCUAUGCGAUUGGGACAGAUCAUCAGGCUCAAUGGUUUAUCUAUGCUGUUUUAUAAUGGGGGGGGGGCUCUCUGAUCAACUGAACCUCGAUGCACUUCUCUCAUCCUCACUCCCUAUCUUCAUCUCUUCACCCUCACCCUUAUCUCCCUUUGUCAUCUUUUCUUUCUGAUCCUCAUUCUCUCCAUUUUAUUGUGUUGUUCCCUCUCUUCUGUCUCUCCCUCAUCCCUGUCCCUGUCUGAUGUGUUCAGGAUGUGACAAUGACGCGGUGGAGGAUGUGAAGGGGCUAACCGCAGGGAUCUCCAGGAAGAGGGGCAAACGCCGCUACUUCUGGGAGUACAGCGAGCAGCUCACCUCCUCCAAGCAGGAACGCAUGCUCAAGCCCUCCGAGUGGGACCGACAGACCCUGCCCAGCAACCUGUACCAGAGGAACGGCCCACACCACGGUGAGACACACACUUUAUCUCUCUCAUAAAGACACACACUCAUACUGGUCAGUGGUCACGUGUAUACUGAACAAAAAUAUUCACGCAACAAUUUCAAAGAUUUUACUUAGUUACAGUUCAUAUAAGGAAAGCAGUCCAUUGAAAUAAAUUCAUUAGGCCCUAAUCUGUGGAUUUCUCAUUACUGGGAAUACAGAUAUGCAGCUGUUGGUCACAGAUAUUUACAUUUUAGUAAUUUAGCUUAAAAAAUAAAAUAAAAAGGUAGGUGUGGAUCAGAAAACAAGUCAGUAUCUGGUGUGACCACCAUUUGCCUCAUGCAGCGCGACACAUCUCCUUCGUAUAGAGUUGAUCAAGGUGUUGAUCAGGCUGUUGAAUGUUGUCCCACUCCUCUUCAAUGGCUGUGCGAAGUGGCCGGAUAUUGGCAGGAACUGGAACACGCUGUCGUACACAUCGAUCCAGAGCAUCCCAAACAUACUCAAUGGGUGACAUGUCUGGUGUGUAUGCAGGCCAUGGAAGAACUGGGACAUUUUCAGCUUCCAGGAAUUGUGUACAGAUUCUUGCGACAUGGGGCCAUGGAUUAUGAUGCUGAAACAUUAGGUGAUGAAUGGCACAACAAUGGACCUCAGGAUCUUGUCACGGUAUCUCUGUGCAUUCAAAUUGCAAUCGAUAAAAUGCAAUUGUGUUCGUUGUCCAUAGCUGAUGCCUGCCCGUACCAUAACCCCACCGCCACCAUGGGGCACUCUGUUCACAAUGUUGACAUCAGUAAACCGAUCGCCCAUAUGAUGCCAUUUGCCCAGUACAGUUGAAACCGGGAUGCAUCUGUGAAGAGCACACUUCUCCAGCGUGCCAGUGGCCAUCGAAGGUGAGCAUUUGCCCACUGAAGUUGGUUACGAUGCCGCACUGCAGUCAGGUCAAGACCCUGGUGAGGACAACGAGCACGCAGAUGAGCUUCCCUGAGACGGUUUCUGACGGUGUGCAGAAAUUAUUCAGUUGUGCAAACCCACAGUUUCAUCAGCUGUCAAGGUGGCUGGUCUCAGGCCAUCCCGCAGGUGAAGAAGCCGGAUGUGGAGAUCCUGGGCUGGCGUUGUUACAAGUGGUCUGCGGUUGUGGCCUGUUGGACGAACUGUCAAAUUCUCUAAAAAUGAUGUUGGAGGCAGCUUAUGGGAGAGACAUGAACUCACAAAAAAAAAAUGCGCGCACAAAAUUUGAGAAAUAAGCUUCAUGCGUAUCGAACAUUUCUGGGAUAUUUUAUUUCAGCUCAUGAAACAUCAGACCAACAGUUUACAUGUUGCGCUUAUGUUUUUGUUCAGUGUAGAAGCACACACCACAAACUACCUAUUGAAGUAUGAAUUCUUACAUUUACAGUUGUACCUGAUCGAAGCCACAUACUUCAUAGUUAAUUCAUUACAGUAGAUCACAGGUUAUAAAUGUAACAUUGCUGUUCCAUAGUUCAUAAUGUACAUUUAUGGGUUUUGGAUCAGUCCAUUUGGAUACAAAUGCUGACAAAGGGGAAAUGUCUCAGUGGUUAACUGGCUCGGUGAUUGGGUGUGUGAACAGGGAAGUACAAUCUGAAGAAGUCUCGGCGGACAGACGUGGAGGACCUAACCCCUAACCCUCGGAAGCUGCUGCAGAUCGGUAACGAGCUGCGGAAGCUCAACAAGGUGAUCAGUGACCUGACCCCGGUCAGCGAGCUGCCCAUCACAGCCCGCCCACGCUCCCGCAAGGAGAAGAACAAACUGGCCUCCAGGUACUGGAUACUCCCCUUUCAACCUCCAUAUGUUCAACACUCAGUAGUUACAGUGAGGUCCGAAAUUAUUGACAGCCUUGAUAAAGAUUAGCAAAAAUGACUGUAUAAAAUGAAUAAUUCAACUACCGAGCUAUAUUGUAUGUUAAUUUUGGGGGGGAAGUUACAUUAUUUUAUAUUAAUACAAUUGCUUAGAGAAAGAUUUUGUUUAACAAGUAAGAUUAUAAUUAUUUUUCUUCUCAAAUGUAGGGGUAAAAAUUGACACCCCUGUUUUCAAUACCUUUCAAUACCUCACCUCUCAAGCGUAAUGCUUUAUGAGUUGGAGAACACAUUGGGAGGGAUCUUAGACCAUUCCACCAUAAAGAAUCUUUCCAGUUCUUCAAUUGAAACCACAGGUUUUCAAUGGGGUUCAAGUCCGGAGACUGAGGUGGCCAUUGCAAAUGUAGAUUUUUUGGCCUAUUAACCAUUUCUUUGUGGAUUUUGAUUAUGCUUGGAGUUACUGUCUUGCUGGAAGAUCCGAUUACGGCCAAGUUUUAGCCUCCUGGCAGAGGCAACCAGGUUUUUUGGCUAAAAUAUCCUGGUACAGGGUAAAGUUUAGCCUGAGACUUGGCCGCAAGUGGAUAUUCCAGCAAGACCAUAACCCCAAACACACAUCAAAAUCCACAAUAAAUGGUUAAUUGGCCACAACAUCAACGUUUUGCAAUAGGGCUGCAACAAGGGGUUCCGGACAUGGAUUCUCAAUCCUUCAAACCCAUUGGUGAUAUCAAAUAUUAUCAAUAGUGAUAUUACUGUGCAACCAAGACCACCUAUUUUCUAACGAGAUUGCAAAACAUUCAUAUGUUGAUGUAGUGCCCAUCGGUUAUGAACGUUUCAACCUCUGUGUUGAGAAAUCGUGUUUUUAUCAUGUAGUAUCAUGUAGUAACCAAAAAAGUGUUAAACAAAUCAAAAUAUAUUUGAGAUUCUUCAAUUAGCCACUCUUUGCCUUGAAUUCAGCUUUGCACACUCUUGGUAUUCUCUCAAACAGCUUCACCUGGAAUGCUUUUCCAACAAUCUUGAAGGAGUUCCCACAUGCUGAGCACUUGUUGGCUGCUUUUCCUUCACUCUGCGGUCCGACUCAUCCCAAACCAUCUCAAUUUGGUUGAGGUCGGGUCAUCUGAUGCAGCAUUCCAUCACUCUCUUUCUUGGUAAAAUAGCCCUUACACAGCCUGGAGGUGUCUUGGGUCAUUGUCCUGUAGAAAAACAAAUGAUAGUCUCACUAAGCCCAAACAAGAUGAGACAGCGUAUCGCUGCAGAAUGCUGUGGUAGCUAUGCUGGUUAAGUGUGCCUUGAAUUCUAAUUAAAUCACAGACAGUGUCAUCAGCAAAGCACCCCUACACCAUCACACCUCCAUGCUUCACGGUGGGAAAUACACAUGCAGAGAUCAUCCGUUCACCCACACCGCGUCUCACAAAGACGUGGCAGUUGGAACCAAAAAUCUCAAAUCUGGACUCCAGACCAAAGGACACAUUUCCACCUUUUCUUGGCCCAAGCAAGUCUCUUCUUCUUAUUGGUGUCCUUUAGUAGUGGUUUCUUUGCAGCAAUUUGACCAUGAAGGCCUGAUUCACACAGUCUCCUCUGAACAGUUGAUGUUGAGAUGUGUCUGUUACUUGAACUCUGAAGCAUUUAUUUGGGCUGCAAUUUCUGAGGCUGGUAACUCUAAUGAAUUUAUCCUCUGCAGCAGAGGUAACUCUAGGUCUUCCAUUCCUGUGGCGGUCCUCAUGAGAGCCAGUUUCAUCAUAGCACUUGAUGGUUUUUGUGACUGCACUUGAAGAAACUUUCAAAGUUCUUGAAAUGUUCCAUAUUGACUGACUUUCAUGUCUUAAAGUAAUGAUGGACUGUCGUUUCUCUUUGCUUAUUUGAGCUGUUCUUGCCAUAAUAUGUACUUGGUCUUUUACCAAAUAGGGCUAUCUUCUGUAUACCCCCCUACCUUGUCACAGCACAAUUGAUUGGCUCAAACGCAUUAAGAAGGAAAGAAAUUACACAAAUUAUAUUUUAAGAAGGCACACCUGUUAAUUGAAAUGCAUUCCAGGUGACUACCUCAUGAAGCUGGUUGAGAGAAUGCCAAGAGCGUGCAAAGCUGUCAUCAAGGCAAAGGGUGGCUAUUUGAAGAAUCUCAAAUAUUUUUGGGGUUACUACAUGAUUCCAUAUGUGUUAUUUCAUAGUUUUGAUGUCUUCACUAUUAUUCUACAAUGUAGAACAGAUUAAAAAUAAAGAAAAACCCUUGAAUGAGUAGGUGUUUUAAAACUUUUGACCAGUAGUGUACAGUCAUUUUUGCUCAUCUCUAUGAAGGGUGGCAGUAAUUUUGGACUCCACUGUAUAUUUUCAAUGCUCACUCUCAAGAACUGUCCCUUUCUGCUUUGUUACAGUUAACAUUUUUGUUACACACCACUACUAGCACCACCACCACUACUACCACUACCACUAACUAGCACCACCACUACCACUAACUAGCACCACCACUACUACUACGCCUUUAAACCACUUGUUUGUCUCUCUGUUCAGGGCCUGUCGACUGAAGAAGAAGGCUCAGUAUGAGGCCAAUAAAGUCAAGCUGUGGGGUCUGGGCACAGAAUACGGUAUGUUUUAGGGUAUUCAUCCAUAAAAUGAUUAUUUCAUUCAAUGUUUAUAAAAAUAUGUUCAUUCAAUAGAGAAUUGCAUCAGAAAACAAUAGUCCAAACCCGAUAUCUCUACCAUAUAUAGUUCAAAAGUUAGACUAUUUACUCAGAGAAUUUAGCACAAUUAGAGUGAAUAGAAUGUCAUUACAGCCAUGGUCAAAAAGUGGUCGCUGCUCCAUAGAACAGUCACUGCUUCGUGGGCAGAACAGCACUAACUUCGAAUGUCAACUGACAAGCUAUCUAGUGGCUGCAGGUUCGUAUGAGAUAACAUGGGCUUUUUCUAAUUGAAAUGCAAAACAAAAUUAAGCCUAUAGAUAGAUUGAUUGAUUGAGUGAGUGCAUUCGGAAAGUAUUCAAACCCCCUGACUUUUUCCACAUUUUGUUACGUUACAGAAUUAUUUUGGAUUAAAUUAUUUAUUUUUCUCAUCAAUCUACAGACAAUACCCCAUAAUCACAAAGUAAAAACAGGUUUUUAGAAAUGUUUGCAAAUUUAAAAAAUAAAUAAAAACUGAAAUAUACAUUUACAUAAGUAUUCAGACCCAGGACUUUGUUAAAUCACCUUUGGCAGUGAUUACAGCCUUGAGUCUUCUUGGGUAUGACGCUACAAGCUUGGCACACCUGUAUUUGGGGAGUUUCUCCCAUUCUUCCCUGCAGAUCCUCUCAAGCUCUGUCAGGUUGGAUGGGGAGCGUAGCUGUACAGCUAUUUUCAGGUCUCUCCAGAGAUGUUCGAUCAAGUCUGGGCUCUGGCUGAGCCACUCAAGGACAUUCAGAGACUUGUCCCGAAGCCACUCCUGCCUUGUCUUGGCUGUGUGCUAAGGGUCAUUGUCCUGUUAGAAGGUGAGCCUUCGCCCCAGUCUGAGGUCCUGAGCGCUCUGGAGCAGGUUUUCAUCAAGGAUCUCUCUGUACUUUGCUCCGUUCAUCUGUCCCUCGAUCCUGACUAGUCUCCCAGUCCCUGCCGCUGAAAAACAUCCCCACAGCAUGAUGCUGCCACCAUCAUGCUUCGCCGUUGGGAUGGUGCCAGGUUUCCUCCUGACGUGACGCUUGUCAUUAAGGCCAAAGAGUUAAAUCUUGGUUUCAUCAGACCAGAGAAUCUUGUUUCUCAUGGUCUGAGAGUCCUUUAGGACACACCUACUCAUGGCAGGGUUUUUCUUUAUUUUGACUAUUUUCUAGUUGAUUUUGAUUGGUCCAAAGCGCGGAAAUGCCUCCUAAUCUUACCACCUCCCAAUGCCGAAAUAUGGAAGAGAUACAACAAAGAGCUGCGCGGUCUAAACUAGCAACGGUCACAACAAACUAACGUUCUUAUUUCAUCAACACUGUUAAGUACAAGCAUAUUAAUGUUGUAAUAUUGUAGAGAAAUAUCUAAUGAUUCAUUGUGUGUGAUUCAUAAUUACAUAGGCUAAAGAAAAUUAGGUUUAGACAUUAAUUUAGUUGCACCCACUUGAGUUUACCAGUUUUUCACUACAUUCUAGAGCAGUGGGUGAACACCCUAUAGGUUUACCAGUUAUGUUGAAUAAUACACUUUUCUCACGGUCAAUUUCCCUCUUCAUUUCAGUUUUGUACAUUGUUUGAUUGGUAGUCUGCCAUAUUUCCUUGAGGUUUAGGGAAGGAAGACUUUUUGCCAACCUCUAUCUCUUUAAAAGGAAAAAUAUAAUUGCUGUUUUUUGUUUGUUCCAGAUCGGCUUCUGUUUGUCAUCAACACCAUAAAGGAAGAGAUAGUGAACAGAGUGCAGGACCUCUGCGAUGACAAGGGAACAAGCAUGACUGAAACGCUGGACAAACUCAUCGAAGAAACCCUUGGUAAGAAGAUGAUGAUUUAUAUUUUGUAAGUAGCAACAGAAAUAGUGUUCAGAAGAUUAUCUUCAGUAGAUGGCCGUGAAAUGAGGCACAGACAGUCCCGCUCCUGUCCUUAGCUAACCUGAGCAUACUGAGUAUAUCUUUUUGAGUCAGCAUUUGAAAGUGAUCAAGGUUGCAGAGAGUUUUGAGGCCAAACACAGUUUACAACAGAGUUUUGAGCCCAAACACAGUUUUCAACUGUUUUGAGCCCAAACACAGUUUUCAACAGAGUUUUGAGCCCAAACACAGUUUUCAACAGAGUGUUGAGCCCAAACACAGUUUUCAACAGAGUUUUGAGUUCAAACACAGUUUUAACAUGGCUGUUAAAAGCAGCAAAAAAUAACCAGCACACUAUAAAUGUUUCUUUCUGCAGUGAAGUCACCAGUUGCCGGGGAGACUUCUGACUUUGUGAACCAGAUCCUGGAGAACACUGGCAAGGGGGAUCCCACCGGAGGUCUGGUCGGGCUGCGCGUACCCACAUCUAGAGUGUAGACAGGCCCUGUAGAGAGGUCUGGUGAUGGCACACUCAAAGCCAUCCGCGCCAUUCUCGUCCCACACUGUAACGGCACACCCUCUGCAUGCCCAUUCCAUCCGGAAACGCAUUCCCAAUGCUGAGUGGGAAGACAUACAUACCAUGCUUCAAAUGUAUGUAUGUAUGUAUGUA